AUGGCCGGGCAAGGAGGCUGUUUUAAACGGCAGAGCCCGCUGGCCAAUCAGGCGGCUCUCGUGGAGGCAGCUAGCGCGAGGCUGGGGAGCUCGGAGCCUCGCGUCGUGCCCUGCGCUGCCCAGACUAGCGAACAAUACAGGUACGUUUCCUCCGCCCGCCCGCGCCCGCCGCCGCCGCCUCCUCCACCGCCACCAGCGCCGCCACCGCCACCGCAGCGCCCGCACAAGUUUCCAGCUCCUGCAGCCGCCAGCGCGUCCCGCUGCCACCGCCUCCUGCCUCUCAUCCCCGCGCCCUUCCCGCCCCCUCCACCUUCCUUCUACCUAGGUGCCUGGGAAGGAAGAAGCGAUUCAGUCAGGAUGGCUAAAGGUGAUCCCAAGAAGCCAAAGGGCAAGAUGUCUGCUUACGCCUUCUUUGUGCAGACAUGCAGAGAGGAACAUAAGAAGAAAAACCCAGAAGUUCCUGUCAAUUUUGCAGAAUUUUCUAAGAAGUGCUCUGAAAGGUGGAAGACAAUGUCGGCCAAAGAGAAAUCUAAGUUUGAUGAGAUGGCAAAGGCAGAUAAAGUACGCUAUGAUCGGGAAAUGAAGGAUUACGGACCAGCUAAGGGAGGCAAGAAGAAGAAGGACCCGAAUGCCCCCAAAAGGCCACCGUCUGGAUUUUUCCUUUUCUGCUCCGAAUUCCGCCCCAAGAUUAAAUCCACAAACCCUGGGAUUUCUAUUGGCGAUGUGGCAAAGAAGCUGGGCGAGAUGUGGAAUAACCUAAGUGACAGCGAAAAGCAGCCUUACAACAACAAAGCUGCCAAACUGAAGGAGAAGUAUGAGAAGGAUGUCGCCGACUAUAAGUCCAAAGGCAAGUUCGAUGGUGCAAAGGGUCCCGCUAAAGUUGCCCGGAAAAAGGUGGAAGAAGAAGAUGAAGAAGAGGAGGAGGAAGAGGAGGAGGAGGAAGAAGAGGAGGAGGAGGAGGAGGAUGAAUAA